AUGUCCUCCUCCAUUAAAAUCGAAUCCGUCGUGAAGGAGAAGAACAGGAUGGGAGAGUGCCCAGUCUGGGAAGAAAGGGAGAGUGCACUCGUCUAUGUAGACAUUAACUCACAGAAAGUUUGCCGCUGGAGCCCCCUCACCAAUGAGGUGCAGAGUGUGUCUGUGGAUGCCCGUGUCGGCUCAGUGGCACUGCGGCAGUGCGGGGGCUACGUCAUCGCCCUGGGGACCAGGUUUGCCUUUCUGGACUGGGACACCCAGGCAGUCACCACCAUCCUCGAGCUCGAGCAGGAUAAACCCAACAACAGGUUCAAUGAUGGGAAAGUGGAUCCAAAAGGAAGGUUUUUUGCUGGUACGAUGGCUGAAGAGACGGCACCGGGGGUCCGAGCGAGGCGGCAAGGCGCUCUCUAUACCCUUUUCCCCAACCAUUCAGUAAUAAAACAGUUGGACCAGGUGGACAUCUCCAAUGGUCUGGAUUGGUCCCUGGACCACAGGACCUUCUUUCACAUCGACAGCCUGGCAUACGCUGUGCAUGCCUUCAGCUAUGAUGUGCACACUGGAAAGAUCGCCUGCCCCAAACUUUUGUACCAUCUAGAAAAGGAGGAGCAGAUGCCCGACGGGAUGUGCAUAGAUGCAGAAGGGAAGCUCUGGGUGGCCUGUAUUGAUGGCGGGAGAGUCAUUCGUAUAGACCCAGAGACAGGAAAAAGAAUCCAAACUGUGAGGCUGCCUACUCCGAGGAUCACCUCUUGCUGCUUUGGUGGAAAAGACUAUUCAGAAAUGUUUGUGACUUCUGCAUACGACGGACUGGACGAGACCGCCUUAGCCAAGGAACCUCACGCGGGAGAGAUUUUCAAGAUAACAGGCCUGGGUGUGAAAGGGAUCCCACAGAAUUUCUAUGCUGCUUGA